GAAGCACCAAGCCAACCAGGACAUGCCAGGGACACCUGGAACAACAGGCACUGGUCACCAGAGGUCCAGCAUGAACAAAGAAACCACCCUGCAGAACCCGUAAUAGAUGAUUAUAAGAAGAUGGGGACUCUCUUUGGCGAAUUAAACAAAAGCCUCAUCAGAAUCGGCUUCACGAGGAUGUAUUUUGGAGAACGGAUAGUAGAACCUGUAAUAAUCAUGUUCUUCUGGAUUAUGCUGUGGUUUCUGGGCUUGCAAGCUCUUGGACUAGUCGCAGUUCUGUGCCUUGUCAUUAUUUAUGUGCAGCAGCAGUAACAUUUUAUAGAUGAUGCCUGUUGGAGCAGAUAUUACAAUGCAGUCACUGUUUCAGUAGAUUUAUGUUUUACUUACAUGGGUGCUUUGAAUGCUUCACACUGUAGCUUGCUGAACUGUCAAGAUUUGGGGCGAGGGGGCCAAAAUUAUGCAUUUUAUGCAAGGACCUGCUACAUCUUGCAAGGGAAAAAAACUGUUUGCAAUAUAAUGUUAUCCACAGUAAUGUGCCGUUUCCUGCACCUUUGGGGGCUUAGUGCAAGGAUUGUCUUUUUAUUUUUUUCCCCUCUCUGAAUAUUCUUGUUUUGUACAGUGAAAACACCCUGUCUGAUCGGAAGCGGACACUCGGUGGUAUAAUCCUUGCUUGUUGCUGGGGCUUUUUGUGAGCUGUUUGUUAUCUGAAUCUGCCGAAAUUGCUAGCACAUUGCUGAAAAGCUACAUCUGCACUUGGAGGUUUGCUAACCUGGACACAGCAGCAAACACUUGGUAAGGGGGUUGCAGCUUCACCGUUUGGAAGCAUCUUUGGUGAAUGUAGUUUAUAGCAAGCCUGUUCCCCUGGGGAACGGGCUAUGCCAGAAAACUGCUUUUAUCUUGGUAUUAAUGACUUCACCCAGGGUUUCUGUUGUUGCUUAGGGUCAGGGAGGAAUUGCAGCCCCAGCCUGGGCUAGCCAAACGGUCAAGCGUAGGUCUGUCUGGUUUGUGAAUGUGUACUUGACUCCUGCUGCUGCUAUUUAUUUUUUCUUGCUGUUCCUUCCCCCUCCUUCUGAAGAUAAAUAUUUGGAUAAUCCGGGGAGUUUGUAGACGAAUACAGCUGCAGAUGA